AUGCCAUCAACACAAACAGAAGAACGCUGCACAACUAGAAGAACACCACCCAUAAGGAGUGAUUCACUCAAGUCGAGAUAUUCUGCGCCGCAUUCACAGACGCCAGAACGUUCUUCUUCGUCUGAUCUCACACGUCGCGCUAGUGAUACGACUACUUGUCUUCCUCGAAGCUCGUCGCCAGUAAUCACACCAUGGCCGCCUGCGAAGUCUCCAGCAGUCAAACCGGCAAACUCGACACCUGCGCUCAAGCCAUUGCCAACUCUCAAACUUGCGUCACCAAAACCGUCGCCAGCUUUCAAGUCUCCAACAACAACAAAGCCAUUGCCAGCUGUCGCGCAAUCUCCAUUACCAAUAGCACGGCUGGAGUGCAUAGCGCUGCCAGGAAAAUACUCGCCUACACAGAUUCCAACUCCAAAGUUUGUGAUUUCGAAGAGGAAGACUUGGUCUCUGCUCGCAGAUACGAAAGGUCGAAAUGGCAGUGAUGGAGUCGAGCCUACUACACCUGAGCGUUUGGUGAUAAAGAGGAGGGCGAGUACUCCGAGGACACCACGACGUACACCAAACCCAUCACCAAGUCCACUUUUCCAACAAGAAUUUGACAAUGUUGAAGAAACAGCAGCAGAUACGAAUACGCUUUGUAACCCCAACAUUAUCAUCAAGACGCCAGCAAGUGGAGACGUUGUUGGUGCCCCCAUCUUUGUUCCGCCAGCUUCCGAAAAUUCUGGGGUGAUGAUGAAGGGGCAGGAGCAGGUCCGGCCAAAAGGACUGGGGUUGAGAUUCCCUGGGGGUCUGGAGGAUGGGGUUUGCGUGUCCGUGUCAUCGAUGACAAGAAUUGUGGAUACUACAGAUGUUGUUGACACUUUUGGCUGUUCGUCAUCAUCAUCAUCAAGCAGAGAAGCAGAAAAUCUCAACACCGAGGACAAACAAGAGAAAAGAGAUUUUCUAUCACCGAUCCAAGACUUUGCUGCUAAAGUUGUCAUCUCACCUUUUUCUGUCAGCCCCCAAAAGCACCUCACCAGACCCUACCAUCACUACCUCUCUCUCCCUGAUCCCUUACCCUUGCCUCUUCCACCAUCCCCAUCCCACACCCAUCCUUACACCUCAGGCAUCCAUAUCCUUCCCUCCUGCACCUCUGGCUCAUUAACCCAUCGCCUCGCUUGCGGUCACUUGAUCCUUACUUCUUCGCCAGAACUCUGUGCACACAAUUGUGUAGCGCAGAAAACGACGUUUGAGAGUGCGAGACUACAGGCACAGGGCUUUGGGGCGAAUGUCAGGGGGUUGGAUCAGAGGUGGUGGUGUGGGGUCUGUGCAGAGGUGGGAAGGGAGGAGGGGAGGAAGUGUGUAGGUGUUUUGGGAAGGGACAUGCUUGGGAGUGGAAGCCACGAUGGUGAAGUUUGUCGUUGA